GUUAUGGAUUUAAUUAGUUACAAUGAUGCUAAAAAAUUCCUCGAUGAUUCUCUAAUUGAGGAAUGUAUUGAACGCAGACAUAUUACUUUGGGUUGGCAACAUUCUGGCAAUAUUGGGGAAUCAAUUCGUCGUUUAGUAGAAUCAUCUAUUGGACAAUUUAGGAAACAAAUAUCUGGUGUUCCAAUAGCAUUGGGUACAAUUCGACUACUCAAACCAAUUUAUAUUUUGGAGGAUCAUAAUUGUAUGCAUGUUGAUUUUGAAGUACAAAUGAUUGUUUUAAAAGUACAGCCGGGAGGUGAAAAAUGUGAUGGUGAAGGAGAAAAAAUAAUUACUUGUAAGGCAAAACAAGUAUUGAAACAUGGAGUUGUUGGAACUGUUUUUGGCAAUAUAGGAAUGGUUUGUUCACCAGCACCUCAUGGAAUUAAAGAAAACGAUGUUUUUAAAGCUUGUUUUAUGGGUGUAAAAUUUAAAAAUUCGAUUUGUCAGGUUCAAACAAUUCCUCUAUCCAUUAAAAAAUUUAAUAAUUAAUUUAUUU